AUGUAAAAAAACCCUUACCUGAUGCUAGUUUUAGCUUUCAUUAUUUCCAGUGUAAUGCUUGGAUUUGCUGUUAGAACUUUAGAAAGACCAUAUUAUCAAGAUGACUAAACUGGAGAAUCUGAAGUGAAAGGUGCUGGAUAUUAAGAUUAUAACUUUAUCAUGAAUGGUUGGUGGCUGAUUGUAGUAACGAUGACUACUGUUGGAUUCGGAGAUUUUUAUGCUAAAACAUAUUUAGGAAGAAUGAUUAGUUCUCUAGCAUGUAUCUAUGGAACUUUCUUAGUUUCAUUAAUGGUUGUAACAUUACAAAGUCAGCAAUAAAAGGCAUUUGAUUCUUUGAGAUCAAUUGCUCAUUUCCAACUUAAAAAGAUUGCAGCUGCAAAAUAUAUUUUCUAUCGCUUCAAGUUUUACAAAAUCAAUAAGAAAUUAUGUUAAUAGCAAUUAAUUGAUAAAAAGCAGCAAAUGCUUUUUGAAGAUAUUAAGUUUAGAAAGGAAAAAGCUCGAGUUGAUUUCAAAUAUUUAUACAAACAAAUUUAGCUAAAUCCUGAUACUGAAAUUCUUUUCCUUGAAGAUAUUGAUGAGAAAAUUAGACAAAUUUAUUAAUCAUUAGAGAAAGACGAUAGAAGAACUGAAAUGUAUUAAUAAGAAUUUUAAAAUGCCAAGCUACAAAAGGAAAUCAAACUUUAGCAGGAAAAUAGAAAUAUAUUAAAGUAUAAGUUAACUAAGAUUUAGUAAGAACUUUAGCAUAGAUUGAAAGAUGACAAGUACAAUCAUUAAAUACAGCUUGAAAAUGAAGAAGAUUCUUCUACUCAAAAAUAUCCUACGAAGAGUUUAAACUUUGACAUUCCUUCCAUUCAAGUCAUUACUCCAUCAAGUGAGAUUAAUUUAACUGAGGGUAUUUAAAGUAGAAUAUUAAAAUAGAGGUAAAGUUAACAGAAAAAACUAGGACAUAGAUCAAGGUUUAAUUCAUAGGAUGACCAGACUAUCUCAGAAAUUAGAUUAGACCUGCCUCCUAGAGAAACAAAUUUUCAGGUAGAUUAAUAAGAAUCACUGGGAAGUUCUUAAUAAAACCCUGAUUAUACUUAGUAUUCAAGAAAAAGAGUCGAUAAAUAAAAUGAUAUAAUGCUCUCUCUUAAACCAAGAAAUAAAACACCUAAUAGAAUAGAAUUGAUUAAAAGUAGGACCUUUCUGACUGAACAAGAUUUCACUUCAACAAGUUAAACAUAAUAGUUAUCAAAAUAGACUACCUUUGACAAUUAAAAUUCAAGACACUAGAAUCUUUCUAUAAUAUUCGACAAGAAUGCUCAAGUAAGAUCAAUUAAUGACAUUAUAUAAGAUAAAUAAGGUCAGAUUUAAUAGUCAUUCACUAACCUUUAAAUAAAAAAGGCUACUGCUUAUAAGAAAAAUUUGCACCUUAAAAUGAAUAACAACUAAAACUAAUGA